AUAACUUAAAGGGUAACUUACCCAACCAAGAGCGAUUUGAUGCACCACCGUUACCUCUCUUACUACAUAUAUCUGACCGCCGUUCUCUCAGUAGAACACAGCCGCAACUAUGGCUUUCGGAAUCAUCUCUAACCUCACCAACCCUCUUAUCACCGACCAUCCUUACUACCCCAUCGAGGUCGAGAUUGCCUCAUACCUCGCGAACGAAUGGUCUGUCCCAGUGCUUCUCGCGGCAUUCGGUGGUGUCUGCGCGACGGUACUGCUCAUCGCGCAGAUUGUCGUCGAUAAGCUACACUCAAACCUUCGCACCUCGGAGAAAAUCACCAUCUGGUGGUUCGUUCUUUCUGGAUGCAUUCACCUCUUCUUUGAAGGCUACUUCUCCGUCAACCACACCCUGAUGGGCCCAAAACAAGAUCUCUUCGGGCAGCUCUGGAAGGAGUACUCCCUCUCCGACUCGCGCUACCUGACUUCUGACCCCUUCGUCCUCUGCAUGGAAACCAUCACUGCUUUCCUCUGGGGCCCCCUCUGCUUCAUCAUCGCCGGACUGAUCACAACCUCGCACCCCCUGCGCCACCCCCUCCAGAUCAUCGUCUCGACCGGCCAGGUUUACGGCUGCAUUCUGUACUAUGCGACCAGCAUGUUCGACCACUACUACAAGGGAGUCGUGUACAGCCGCCCCGAGUUCCUGUACUUCUGGUGCUACUAUUUCCUCAUGAACUUCUUCUGGAUCAUGAUCCCUUCGACCCUGGUCGUUAGCAGCGUCAACCAAAUCGCGAUUGCCUUCAGGGCACUCGACUCUACCUCCGCCAAGGCAACCAAGGGCAAGAAGGGACAAUAAGCAUAUAUAGGGGUGUGGGAUGGCCGUGCCACUACGACUGCUAAGGCAGCAGCGGCGUCCGCAUUGUGUGCGAAAGAGCUAGGAAGGAAAAGUGUUUGGCAACGAAUACAUGCACGGUAUACCGUGGUUUCGGUAGCCGCGCCACGCAACUUGUAUAUACCAUGGCGUUGGAGCGAUAUAUAAAUAUGGGUUUAAUAGACAGUCUAUAGAGUUUCUAGA